AUGGAGUACGCCAUGGAUGAUGAUGAAUUCUUCGAGUCCGUGCCACCUGGUUUCCUGUUUUGCCCUCGAGACGAUGAGCUCAUACACUACUUGUCUUUGAAGAACAACAAUGAGAGCCUCCCUCGAAACAAGAUUCGUGUCGUCGAAUUUUACAAAUUCGGACCCGAUACUCUAGCAGAGAUGUACAAACCUAGCGGGAAAAACAAAUGGCACUUUUUCACCAAAAGGCAAACGAAAUACAGAAAUGGUUCAAGGCCCAGUAGAGUCGCCGGGGAUGGAUAUUGGAGGGCCACCGGUGCCGACAAGACCAUCAUACACAGAGACGUCAAAAUCGGCUUCAAAAAUUCGUUAGUUUAUUUCAGGGGAAAACCCGGGGAAAAUACCAAGACCGAUUGGCUAAUGACUGAAUUCCUCCUCACCAAAGAUAACCGUGCACCCGUAGUUCGAACACAGGAAAACAACAUGAAGAAGGUAUAUAUACAUUAA